AUGUCCUCAUCGAUUCAAUUGCUUAAUCCUAAAGCAGAGUCAUUAAGACGUGCCCAAGCAUUACAAGUAAAUAUAGCUGCUGCUCAAGGACUUCAACAAGUGCUUGCAUCUAAUUUAGGUCCCAAGGGAACUUUGAAAUUAUUAGUUGAUGGAUCUGGUGGAUUAAAAUUAACAAAAGAUGGGAAAGUCUUAUUAAGUGAAAUGCAAAUCCAACAUCCUACUGCUGUUAUGAUUGCAAGAGCGGCUACUGCACAAGAUGAAAUUACUGGUGAUGGUACAACUACCGUGAUUUUAUUAGUUGGUGAAUUAUUAAAACAAGCUGAAAGAUUUAUUAGUGAAGGCGUACAUCCAAGAGUUAUUGUUGAUGGAUUUGAAAUUGCAAGAGAAGAAUCUUUGAAAUAUUUAGAUGAAUUUAAACAAAUUCCUGACCUGUUUGAUAGAGAGUUUCUUUUAUCUAUUGCCAGAUCUUCUUUGGCUACCAAAGUUACUAAUGAAUUAGCUGAUGUAUUAACUCCAAUUGUAACUGAUGCUGUUUUAACUGUUAGAGGUGAAAAUAAUGACCGUAAUUUCGAUUUGCAUAUGAUUGAAAUCAUGACUAUGCAACAUGGACAUUCCAAAGAAACUGAAUUAGUUAAAGGUUUAGUAUUAGAUCAUGGUGCUCGUCAUCCAGAUAUGCCAAGAAGAAUCGAAAAUGCUUAUGUCCUUAUCCUUAAUGUCUCUUUGGAAUAUGAAAAAACUGAAGUUAAUUCUGGAUUCUUUUAUUCUUCUGCUGAACAACGUGAAAAAUUAGUUGCUUCAGAAAGAAAAUUUGUUGAUGAUAAAUUAAGAAAAAUCAUUGAAUUAAAAAAUGAAGUUUGUGAUUUAAAUAGUAACAAAGGAUUCGUUAUAAUAAAUCAAAAGGGGAUUGAUCCAAUGUCUUUAGAUGUAUUAGCCAAAAAUGGAAUAUUAGCUCUUAGAAGAGCAAAAAGAAGAAAUAUGGAAAGAUUACAAUUAGUUUGUGGUGGUGAAGCUCAAAAUUCAGUUGAUGAUUUAACCCCAGAUAUCUUGGGUUUUAGUGGAUUAGUUUAUGAAAAUAGUAUUGGAGAAGAUAAAUUCACUUAUAUAACUGAAAAUAAAGAUCCAAAAGCUGCCACGAUAUUAAUCAAAGGGUCAAAUAACCAUAUAUUACAACAAACUAAAGAUGCAAUUAGAGAUGGAUUAAGAUCAGUUUCUAAUGUUCUUAAAGAUCAAUCUAUCUUACCAGGUGCAGGUGCAUUCUAUUUAAGUUGUAAUCAACAUUUAUUACAUUCCCCAGCAAGUAAAUCCUUCCUCAAGGGGAAAAAUAAAUCUGGUAUUAGAGCCUUUUCAGAAGCUUUACUUGUUAUCCCUAAAACAUUAUCUUCGAAUGCCGGAUUGGAUCAAUUGGAAACUAUUUCAAAUUGUCAAGAUGAAAUUAUGGAAGGUCAUGUUGUUGGUGUGGACUUGAAGUCAGGAGAACCAAUGGAUCCUACCGUUGAAGGGAUUUGGGAUUCUUAUAGAGUGGUUAGAAAUGCCAUUUCAGCAGCUACUGGAAUUGCUUCUAAUUUGUUAUUAUGUGAUGAAUUGUUGAAGGCAGGUAGAUCCUCAUUGAAGGAAGGUGGUCCAGGUGGUCCAGGCGGAGCACCUCCACAAGGUGGAAUGCCUCCUGGUAUGCCUCCAAUGAUGUAG